AUGCGUCUCCUCAGUUUUCUCCCUGUUGCUCUUUUCGUCAUCAUUGCCCAUCUCACCACGGCCAAGCCUGCCCCAAACCCCUUCGCGGAGCCCCUCUCUAUUGGCGAGCUCAUUCCCCUCGAGAAGCGCCAGUCUGUCAAAUGCCCCGCUGAGAAUGAUUGCACAUGCCUUACAGGGACAAAACCAGGAAUCUAUUGUUGGGGAUGUAAGCGUGGGGAUGGCACCCAUUAUGUCACAGGCGUGGGACAUGGUUCAGGCGACUACAAAGGCUGGGUGUUCCAGUGCGGUAAGGCAUACCCUUCGUGA